UUGUGAGGGGGGUGGUUACCCUUGAUAGCAGGUCUAGUGACGCCCCUGUUUGGUACCUGUAACUGGCUAAAGAACAUUUAAUGCAAGCUUGUAUCGGUUGUUAAAGAGUUAAGUAGAGAGCGCGAGUACUUUUGCCAGUCCUGCUGGUUGCGCGCAGGAGACAUUCCUGGUGCCUGCUCCAACAUGUGGGGCGACCCUCGCAGCGUCAUGUCAGCUGUACGCUCCCCGCUGAGAAGCCGCUCGGCUGGGAAGUUUCUCUGAAGUGAGUCAACACGAAGAGAGGACGCCACCCAGUCAGCCGGUCACAGCAGCCACUGGAUCUCGUAGUUUGGACUUGUCCACGCUUUUCAAAACGAGCUGUUCUUCCACAAGCUGCGGGGGAUUUUUUUUUACGCUUCCCCAACGCCGUCAGGGAUGGUUUGCGUCCCUUUGACGCGGCGUCUUUUUUUUCCUCUUUGGAAUUAACGUGAGGACAUGAAGGUGACUGUGUGUUUCGGACGGACGCGGGUGGUUGUCCCGUGCGGGGAUGGAAAUAUGAAAGUCACCAGCCUCGUCGAACAAGCGGCCAUGAGGUACAAAAGGGCCAUCGCGAAGGACCCCAGCUAUUGGGUCCAGGUCUAUAGGUUAGAACACCGGGAUGGCGGAAUCCUUGACCUGGAUGAUGUCCUCAGGGAUGUGGCCGAAGACAAAGACAGGUUGGUGGCUGUAUAUGAAGAGCAAGAUCCUCACAAUGGUGGUGACGGUACAAGCGCUAGCUCGACAGGCACUCAGAGUCCCGAACCGUUUGCUGGCGAGCUGCGGUCAACGUCAUCCUUCCAGCCCUACCAAGCCAACAGCGAGAUUGAGGUCACCCCAUCGGCUUUGAGAUCAAACAUGCCUCUCCAUGUCCGUCGCAGUAGUGAUCCUACCCAGGUUGGACUUCCAGCUGGAGAAAUCCCGCUUGGUGAAGAAGAACCCUCUAGAAAGGACCCAAGUCGCUGGACCACAACUGCUGGUUUCCAAAAGUAUAACCACAAGCCACACCCGAACCCUGGUACCAACAGCCUUGAACGAAAGGGCAGAGGUGGCCAUGCCUACCGGAGUCUUCCACGAGAUGCCAGUGGCCGAACCGCUCAGUUUCAAAGAGAGAUGACCAGAUCCUCCCUAAGUGCAAAUCACCCAUUGGUGGACCGUUGGCUUGAUCGACAAGAACAGGAGGAGGAAGAGGCAAGGCAAACGCAUGACCAAAGAAUUGAAAGGAUAGAGCCAGUGGGGAGAGCUGACUCCGCAUUGGACCAUUCACCUGUGUUAAGUCUCGAAGCCAUGCUCAAGCCGGUUGAAGUGUCCAAUAAAGGAGGACCGCUGGGGAUCCACAUAGUGCCAUUCAGUUCGCAAGAUGUCAGAACCCAGGGCUUGCUCGUCAAGCGUCUGGAGCGUGGAGGCAAGGCAGAGCAGGAGCAUCUCUUCCAAGAGAAUGAUUGCAUUGUCAGAAUCAACCAGGGAGAUAUACGUCAUCUUCGCUUCGAACAAGCCCAGAACAUUUUUAGGCAGGCGAUGGCUUCCUCCCUCAUCCUCUUUCAUGUGGUCCCGGCCGCCAUGAAAAGGCAAUACGAGAUACUUGCGGGCAAGAGUGAACUCAGCUCACCUCAUUCCAGCAGAGUCCGCUUCAGCCAAGGCUCUCUGCAUUCGGGUGACAGGACUAGCCUCGUAGUGGGGCGAACCUCCAGGUCUGUGACACAUCUCGGUCUAUUUUACUGGAACACCGUUGAAAAAACAAAACAAAACAAAAAAGUGAACCCGUUUGCCCCUUUUUGUAGUCAACGGGGGUCCCUGGCAGGGAGCACUCCGGAGCCAAGACGGAGAUAUGCCACGCCGGCGCAAUCAUUAAUCUCGAGUACCUCUUCCACCUCAUCCACCUCCCUGCAGCGCAAAAUAAGCACAACACAGUCCAGCAGCUCCUAUGUUAAACGCAAAGGCCGCAGAUUCAACGUCCAGCUGAAGAAAGGUCCAGAAGGUCUUGGGUUCAGCAUUACCUCCAGAGAUGUCCCUGUUGGUGGCAGUGCCCCGAUUUACGUAAAAAAUAUUCUCCCACAAGGGGCCGCCAUCCAGGACGGGAGACUAAAAGCCGGAGACCGUCUUCUGGAGGUGGGUGGUGUCGACUUGAACGACAAGACUCAAGAAGAGGUGGUGGCUUUGCUCCGAGCUGCACCUUCGGGUGGCACCGUGAACCUGUUAGCUAGUCGCCCGGAGGACCCUCUGCUGCCUCGAGAAGUGCAGCUAGGGAAUGACGACCUGGUGUUGACCCCCGAUGGUAUACGGGAGUUCCUGACCUUUGAGAUCCCACUCAAUGACUCUGGUUCAGCGGGCCUGGGGGUCAGCGUCAAAGGUAACAGGUCCAAGGAGAACCACGCCGACUUGGGCAUAUUUGUCAAAUCCAUCAUCAAUGGAGGUGCUGCCAGCAAGGAUGGGCGUCUGCGCAUAAAUGACCAACUCAUCGCAGUCAAUGGAGAGUCACUGCUUGAGAAUAGCAAUCAGGAAGCCAUGGAAACGCUACGCAAAUCCAUGUCAGUCGAAGGCAACAAACGAGGGAUGAUCCAGCUCAUCGUAGCCCGGCGGGUGGCCCAAAACACAGAGGAGGUCCCUGGCAGCCCACCUAUCCCGGGCCAUCCUGGAAACCCUUCCAGCCAUCAAGAAAAACACGAGCGCCGUAUCUCCCACUCCCUGUAUGAAAGCAUUGACGGUUUUGAGAAAACCUCCACACCACGAGCAAAUUCAAUUGGACGGAUUGGUAAAUACCAGCUGUCUCCGACUGUGAACAUGCCACAGGAUGACAUUGUGUUGAUCGAGGACGACAGGCCACCGCUGCUUCCCGUCCACUUCUCGGACCAGUCAUCUUCAAGCUCGCACGAUGACUUGGGAUUUGUGGGAGAGAACCCGAUACCGUGGAUUCAUGAGCUGCCAAGUCCGAAUGACUGCUCAUUGAGCCCCGAUGCGGAUCCGGAUGGUUCGUUUCAAAGGGAGGGCUUCGCCCGGCAGAGUAUGUCAGAAAAGCGCACCAAGCAGUAUGAAAAUGCUGCUCAGUUGGAGAUCAUCAAGUCACGCAAGUCCAAGAGCAUGGAUCUGGCAGCCGAUGAGAUUAACAGCAGUGCAAGAACCAGUGGAGGUCAAAAUGUCGGACCCUCGCUGGGCCUCAAAAAGUCCAGUUCCCUUGAAAGCCUCCACACAGCCCUGGCUGCAGCAACACGCAAUGGUGAGAUCAAUGUGAACAGGCCACGUUCUCGAAUCAUCAGGGGCCGAGGGUGCAAUGAAAGUUUCAGAGCGGCAAUCGACAAGUCGUACGACAAACCAGCCAGCAAUGCACCGGAAGAAGAAAACAGCAUAGAUAUUUUGGACGAAGACACAGAGGGAAGCUCCCGAUCAGGUCAGGAUUCAAUGUCUGCCAGUGGUGAACUCUUCCUUGGCCCCGCUGUCAAUGGCAACAUCUCCAAAGAUGACACGCCGAAACAUCUGGAAAAGGUGGAAAGGAAGAAGUCCGAUCGGGAAAAAGAGAAGGAGAAAGACAAGGACAAAAACAAAGCAAAGAAAGGUGUGCUGAAGGGGCUCGGCGAGAUGUUCAGGUUUGGGAAGCAGCGCGGUAAUGAACAGCCAGCAGACAGAGUGGAAAGGAGGGCCUCCAGUAAAUCUAAAGCUGAAGAUGUGCACGCCUCUGAGGAGGACACUCAGCGUAUGAGGCUUGAACAAGAGAGAAUACAGGCCAAGAAGCGUGAGCUCCGGGAGAAGCAGGCAAAGGAGCGGGAAUACGCCGAAAUCCAAGAUAUCAUCGGCCACUCCGCGUUGAGUUCGGACGAAGAGCACACCUACGCUGGCAUCGGAUCUUGGGACUCGUCCGCGGACGGCAGCAGCUUAGACCCUUACGGCAGUGUCCACCAGUACCAUCUCCCUCUGGGUCCGCAGAACCCUCAUCCUUCUUCCAAUCUUCCAAACAACAACCCACCUCUUGAGGCGCUCUAUGCUCAGGUCAACAAGCCUCGCAAUGGACGCCCUGCAUCUUCAGAUAGUCAGACGGCUCCGAGUAACCAUGACCGGAUACAAAGGCUGAGGCACGAGUUCCAGCAGGCGAAGCAGGACGAUGACAUCCAUCCGCAGUCCUACGGCCUCCAUCCGUCUCGGUCUAGUAACGGGAUGGAGAUGCAAAGUGGGCGCCAUUCGGUAACCAUGGAGUCUCAAGUCCAAAAGCAGCACCAGGAGGACGGGGGCAGUUUCCGCCAAGCCCAGAGACAGUCCAAUUCUCUGCCACGGCCACGUAAGAAUCCAAGCAACGUGUCCCAAGACGUGUGGGACAAGGCCCACGCACCGACAGAUGGCUCUCAGGGUGCCAAGGACAACCCACGUCACUCCGCCAGCCACGGAUCACAUAACGGCUACCUGGGAGCUUCCAACUUUAACACCCGCGUCCUCUUGGAGACUCAGGAGUUGCUGAGGCUGGAGCAAAGACGCAGAGAGCAGGAGGCCAACAGUGCCUGUCUACCUCCUGAACAAGGUCCCUCUAGCACCAGUAGCAGAGAACACACUCAAGCCCCCACGCCCAAUCCGCCGAAAUCCAAAGGUCCCUACAGGCAGGACGUUCCCCCAUCACCAACUCAACUUGCCAGGCUCAGUCGCCUUCAUCAGGGCUCUGAGAAAGGGAGGCAGUUUUAUUCCUGAAACCAACAAGUCAGGGGGCAUACAGGAAAGAUAGGACUGAUUUUAUACAACAUUCAUAAAAAAAUUUUAAAAAAUUAUAUAAAGCGAGCAAGGAGUCCAAAUGCUGUGAUAUUAAGAAUUUUAUUUGAGUAUUGAUAUUUAACUUUUUUUUAAUGACAUAAGCCAAUCAUUUUAGCUGUAUGUAAAAUAAAGUUUCGUAAUAUUUUCUUAUCUAGAAUAUGUAUAGAUCCGAUAAGUGCCUUUUCCCCACGUGCAUUUUCCCCCUUUGGUACCAGCUUUGUGUUUUUGGACGUUGUGACAAGUGACAAUAAAAUGCUGGAUUUUUACAUAGCAACCGGAAUGUUUGCCAUUGUGGGGUGAUUGGCUCUUUAGAGGUUUUCUCUAGAGUGUUUGUGUGUCCUAAGGAAUCCGUGCUUUUUUUGCACUGUGCAUCAAUCCAACGUUGGAUUUCUUUCAUCUUACUUACUUUCUUGUUUUUCCUCUCUUUCACCAGACUUAAAAAAAGCGGGAAAAAAACAGCUUUAGAAGUAUAUUAUUCCAACUGUGUCUGUCCUACCCGGGGACUCCAGCUUUAUAAAUUGGGUCAGGUCAGGGUUAUUAAUUAAUGUACCUCAUUAAAAAUGAAUGCAUCCCU